UGACACCCGCGCUUACACGGCACCUCGUCAUAUCCCUUGACUCUUUCCCGUUCCAACUGGGAGAAAGUAUUCAGGUAGGACUAGUUGUCUUGCUUACCUUUUUACGUUUUAACAAAGUAAGUAGGAUUUAGUUUUUUUUUUUUUUUCCCAAUAUAUUUAUUGAUAAUCACAUUAAAUAAUUACAGUUACAAUACUACAGAAAAAAACAAAAACAAAACAAAACACUUUAACAAUAGACAUUAACAGAGUAAAGCAAGAUUAAUUAUUAAAUUAUUAAAUUAAUACAGGGCUAAAAGAGAUUACAAAAAGUACAACAGGGCAAUGAAAUAAUACGAAGUUAAUGCAGUUAACUUAAAUAAGGCGUCAGUAUCCACUUUCUUUUAAAGAAUUCUUUGUUGCUGAUUUUUUCUUCUGUUUCAUAUUUAGCGAUGAUCUUGGCCCUAAAUCCAUAAAUGUUUGGAAAGAUUUGUUUGCUCCUACAGUCCCACAAAUAGAGUUUUCCAAUAAUUAUAAAAUAGUUCAGCAGUUGAAGUAAAGGGCAAGUAUUUUCCGUCAAAAUUCCAAACAGCACAUUUUCCAAGCAGAGACGAAUUCGUUGAUUCGAAAUAAGGCACCAAUAAAGUUCAAAUUCAAUCCAAAACUGUUUAGAGCGCGAGCAGUGAUAGAACAAAUGAGUUAAUGAUUCGGGUUGAUUGUCACAGAAAGAGCAUAAAUCAUUUGCUCUAAAACCUGUUUUAUACAACUUUGUAUUUGUGUAAAGAAUUGAGUUAAUUACCUUGUACUGGAAAGCUUUAACAUACGAUUCGACAACGAUAGAGUGAGGCAGCUUAAAUAUUUGCCUCAGAUCGUCGCUGUUAAAAUGAAAGUUACUCUGUAAUUUUUUAAUAAUAUUGGGCGGUUUAGCUUUUUCUCUGAUGAAUAGGUUGUAGUAAUCCUUUGAUUUCCCUUUCGUAACAUCAAAAGUAUUGUCACCCACCACAAAUGUUGGAGAGUUUACGGAAGGAUACCUGUCAUUCAAAUGCAGAGUUCAGUGAUGUACAAUACACCGCGUAGUUGAACCACAGUUAAUAAGGGUUGAACUAAUUCAUACAACUGAGUCUCUCAAAUUGUGUAGCAUUUUUUCGCAUGUCGCGCAGUAUGCCUCCUUUUUUCGUCAUGUUAUUAAGCAAGGAUCUAGGAUAAUCAGGCGGAAUUUUGCACGCACUCUAGAACUAUACUAGUAGUUUCCAGUGGAAAGUGAAGUGCUGCGAGUAAAGCAUUACCCGUCUCACACGAAUAAUCCGUCGCUACGUAGCGUAUCAAAUCAUUUUCAGUCUUUGGUUCCGUCGUGUAUAUAACGUAUUACUACUAAGGGUAAACAAACCUCGUCACUUUCCAGAAAAACUCUUAAUAACUAAAGUAUUUUAUUAAUUAAAAAAAAUACAAGAAAGCCUGGCUAAAUACACAUUUAGCCCAAACAACGACGAGGUCUAGGAAUUGCUUGAAAUAUUCUGUGAAACACAUCGCUUCAAUUCACGGGAAUUUAUUUCACUUGCAUUCAUACUCUUCGCUUGCAAAAAUGUGGCUUUCUACACGAAACAGGAUUUCUGCCGGGCUUAAAGUUUUCCACAUCACACAUUAUUUGUGUUCUGAGUGUUCUUUUGUUUACUUUUUGAAUCAAUUCACUGCGAACGAAAGAGCCCCGAUUUCGAAGGCCGUUCUUGAAAUCGAGGCAAAUGCGUUGAUAUACAUCCAUCCAUCCAUCCAUCCAUCCAUCCAUACAUACAUACGUACCGUAUUUAUUUGAGUAAGCGCCUAACCUACGGAACUCUACGGUUGAAUAGGCUCACUUUUUUGUUUGUAUUUAAUUGAUAGAUUUUAGCAGUUGUUAAGAUGUGAAGUCGUGUUGCACUUUAUAAAUGCUUGAGAUAUCAAGUAUUUACUACUAGAAGCAACUUCAACUACCUGUCUGGGAUUUCCACGUAAUUUUUACCUGCGUACGUUCGUAAAAUUCACGUUCGCAAAUAGAAUAGAAGCAAUGUAUGAAAGGUCGCAGUUAAGCGUAAAAGUAGGACCUUGCUCAACUUCACGUUUAAUAUCAACACUUUAUAGAGCGUUUUCACUCACGUGGCUAGCAUCUAUGCAAGUUUAUUGAAACAAAAGAAAGCGUUUGAUUAAGAAAAGAGUUCAACUCCCCAGGAUUGGUUUGGAACACCAGCAUGGCCGCCGUGACGUCAUGUGAUUGGACAUAGCGCAAAAACCGCAAGACAUGCGCACUAGAGCUCUCGCCUCUGUUUCUUGUAUUCCCGCCUUUCGAUUUUCAAAAUGUCGGAGGACUAAUCAGAAUCUAACACGUCACUGCGGACCCUGCCAAGCCGCUGUCCUCGCUCUGAGAAUUUUUCAACAUCGUUAAACGGAAUCUGUCAGCAUUCAGCCAUGUCUUGGCGACGCUAGCGAAAAGAUCGGACUUAAACAGGUCCUCUAAAGCAGCGGUGUUUGUGACCAGCUUCGGAGCCUAUUUUGAAGCUUGUUGUUUCGAAGAAGGGCAGGUUUUUUACGUUUCUUAAGGUGGUCGCUUACUCUUUAAGGUCAGGAAAGAGAAAUGUUGGAGGUAAAUAGUUAAUGCGAAACAUAUCAAAUAUGACUUGUUUUUCGUUUCUAUGAAAAUUUUUUAGAGCUCUUUAAAAGUGGACUAUUGUUUCAUGACUUUUGAAUGUCAAGCAAGGCUCGUUCAAGGCGAAGUUGGAAGAACUACAAGUAUAUUUACGUCAUUUACCGCGUUGCUUCGCAAUUUUUGUUUCUACUGACUGUGAAAGGAAUUCGAUUUGCAACUGGUUUUCACGAAAAUUGAAAUCUAGAACUUUGUAAUCUCACCUAUAAACAUGCUGUAAAAGUGGUUAUCUGCAGAUUUUUUUUUUUUUAAGUAGUAAAGUUCGGGUGAUGUACAUUGUGUUUUUUGAGGCGCUAAAUAUAAAUACACCUUGGUGACACUGAAUCGUGAUUGCUCACGUUGUUUUCUCAGCGAAAUCACGGCUACAGUGCAGCUGGAAAAGUCAUUCUUCUUCUAUUUUCAAACAGCAGCAAAGGCAUUUUUUUAUGACAUGUUUUAUGUUUAAAAGGGGCCACGAGAACUAAGGAGCCGGUCAAGAUUUAGGGAGUAUGGGGGGUGGGGGCUAGGGGAAAUUUUUCAAGGUUCUACAAAAUGCCAUGUAAAUCUGUAUUUCUGUUACAAAUAAAGUACAUCGAAAAAUUUAAAUUAUUAUGACAACUUAAAAUUAGGGGGGGGAGGUAAAAUUAUAUUACUAUGCAAUGAAAGGAAGCAGAGCGGGGGAGGGGGGGAAUACUCCCAAAACAAUUUUUAAAAAAAGUUGAAAGAAAUCAAAGACCAAAAUAAAAAAGUCCACAAGAAACUUGAAGGUGGGUGCUUGUGGUUGAACAUUUAUUAUUAUGAUCCAGACUAUCUUUUAAAACACAUUUCAUCAUCCACCCUCCUCCCUUCCUCCAAAUAAAAGUUCAUUUUCUUAACCUAAGUUUCAUGGAACACUAAGCCACUGAGGUGGAACAGGAAGUUAUUAAUCCAUAUAGUAACCUGUUCCAUUUCACUGGCCACAAUAAUGAUCUGCUGUUUCUCAAACAAUGGAAAGGUGCAGUGAUCAGCCCUCUCAUAAUAUGUUGCAUGCUCAGUCAUUAUUUUUAACCCAUUUACUCCUCAGAAUUUUGCAGAAAAAUUUUUUUUGAAGCUAAUCAAGCUGUUUUCUGGUCACUGCCUGGCUACAAUAAGCCAAAACGCUGUUUGUGAGUUGAGCACUUCACAGAGCCUUCUGUUCCAGAUGCAACGUAUCUGCUUCCAACAUUUGAUCAUGCUCAGAUAGAAAAUUUCAAGCUAGUUUUUAGGUUUAAGAGUGACACAGCAGUCUUGACGUUUAUUUUCCGCUUCCUCUCCUCCCACUGACAGGAAAUGUUUUGGGAAAGCUUCUAGGAUCAUAGGAUUAGAUAGAAGGAUGUGUAAGUGAGUAGUGGAACAAGAUUUCAAGGGGAAUGGGUUUAUAGUUAAGCAGUAAAUGUUGUGAUGGGUUGGUUACAGUAAGUGACAUCCCAAACUUGUUGUGUUCCUAUUACUUGGGGAAAGCAACCAAUGAUAAAUUCAUUAAAAACUUUAAAAAAAAUACACAAGUGUGGCUACUGAUUUCAGAGCCCAAAAUAAUAACUUCACUGGUAGAUAUUUUCACUUGUGAAAGUUUUAUUGUAUUGACCCCAUUACAAACAAUAACUAAACCAAUGAAUACGUCAUGGAGUUGCACUGUUCACCAUCUUUCAGAGUAGCGUACCAUAUGACCUGCACCCGCCCAUUAGUUGACAGUAAAAUUAUAACUUCAGAGAGAUUAUGUUCCAUGUGGUUACCUGCCUGAGGUUAUCGCUAUUAUCCCAACAAAGUCAUACGGCAUAAGAAGCUUUUGGUGGAGAACUAAACUCAGCAAACAUGCUUUACAAGAAAGUGCAAUGUAAAUCGUGUAUAAAAGCAAUGAGUUUGACUACCCUGUGUGCACUAGUGUAGGCAUUUACUGCAUGCUCGACCAAAAUAUUCUUGGACUGAAAGGACUGAGAGCCGAUGUCAUGUUAAUAAACUUGAAGCUUGUAUUUGUAACUCAGGUAAUGUAUGCUAAUAAAGUUGAAACGAAAGAAAAAAUAAAAAUUAUCUGAGAUAAAAAAUUAACUGCAAUAUAUACUGUAUUUAUUCGAUUAACCGCCCUAGGUGCUUAUUAAAUUUUUGGACCUUGAGAGUGGGCGCUAAUUUGAGGUGGGCGCUUAUCGGAGGCUGGGCGCUUAUUAAAUUUUCAACAUUUUCAGCAAGUGUAGUAUGUUUAUUUUGCAACAAAACAAUAAAUGGCAACCAAACACGAAGAUGUAACAAAGCAAGGCUCCUGUAAAAUACUUUGAAGAAAACCCUGUCUUUGGGGAAGUCUCUUAUUAGUACUUAUUCAAUUUUUUGGGGGUGGGGUGGGUGUAGUCACUUAUUUGAGUUUGAGUGGGAGGGAGGUGGGGUGGGUUGGGCGCUUACUUGAGGCUGGGCGCUUAUUAACUUUUUCUGCCUUUAGGAUGGGCGCUUAUUCGAGGUGGGCGCUAAUUCGAGGUUGGGCGCUUAUUCGAAUAAACUGGUAUGUCAAAUAUAGCUUCAGGCAGAAGGUAUUGAAACUCUUUCCAGGAAAGAAAUUUUUGCUCAAAAUCUUAAAUUUUUCUUUGUAACACCAUUAAUAUUUAACUCAUUGACUGGCGAACAGUUUAUGUUAUAUCUGUUUGACACAAAGGAGCACAUUUAGUUACUGUAGCAUACUUUGAGAACCAAACUUAAACGCAAUGGUUAUUAUUAUAUGAUAAGUAAGUAUUAUACACAUUUCUGGGUGAUGUUUGGCAGAAAGACUGUCCAGUGCAAAAACAAACACCUGAUAGCAGGUUAUCAUCAUGACAAGCAAUUAUCUCAGUGCAAAAGGAGACAAUAUUCAGCACUCUUGUACAUCUCAAUAAUACAAGUCAUUGAUCCAUCAUUACACAAAAGAAGAAAAGUAUUAAUUUUAUCCAGAAACUCAUAAGGGGUUGAAACGUGUAACUCGCGUCCAAUGCUCGUGAAUAUUCAUUUUGACCAUAUUUGGAAACCUUAGUGACGGAUAUCCAUUUUCAACAAAAUGGCUGCUGCGCGAUCACCAUGCAGAUGUCUUAAGACAAGAGUUCUGCAUUUCACGGUUAAAAAUAUACCGUUAAAAGACAAAAAGUGGAAAGAGAAAGUUCAAAAGAAUGUUCAGCUUUCUUUUUGUGGAGAAAGGGAAGCUUUUCAUCAAGAAAUCGUCCUUCGAGGAAUUCAACCUUGUUUUCUUCACGGCGGAGCCCAUGGUCUGUUUUGAAAUGCAACCAAGUCAGCGAUCGACAGCGAAGUUUUUGCUGAAUUUUCAGGUACAUUUUGUACUCUAUGGCCAAGAAAAUUACGUUUUUGAAAGGAAAUUUAUGUAUUUUUAAAUGUUUCAUAGACGUUUUAUAAAUUUUUCUCUUCGGCGCUAAAGAAAAAUUACAAAAUGUGCCCUGAUUUGAGAUGGAUUUUGUGUUGAAUUUUGCCAUGUGCUUAGCCGAUUUCACUUGCGUGAACGGAUCCACGAUCCAGAUAGUGUUUUCCGAAUUGCUUUAGAGGAUUAACUUUUCGUUGAAUAAAAAUUUUCAAGAAACGGCUUUUCUCUGUCUAUUGUUUUGAGUUUGUUCAUUUAUAAAAUUAGCUCAAAACACGAUCGUGACUACAACAUCUAAUGCUUCCCACAUUCAUUACAAGCAUCACUUUUUGCGAAGAUGUCAGGUUCAGGUUUUGGACACUUUUCGAUGCGCAGCUAAUGAAUUUUAUUCGAAAAUAUUUUUUACUGUUUAUUCUAGACUUUUAACAUAAGAAUGAAUUUUAAAAGCCUAUUUGCAGUUUAAGUUUACUGUGCAGAGGGUCAACGAGGCAUCGCUUUUUGAAGUGACAACUUCAAGAAGUUGCGAGGCCUUCAAUGGGUUUCAUAAUGUUACGUUUGGCCCGGGUGGUAAGGUAAUAAUAUCCUGCUCAGUGUAUCAGUAAUAUUCCUGGUUUCAACUUUUGAAAGCUUUCUCGGCUUUCGGGAGUUUUUCCCCCGUUUGUCGGCCAUUUUUUUAAGCGGGCGCGGGAACCUGAAGGAAAACACGUCACGUUGUUUACGAAAUUUAAUUGGUCAGUUAUCUCUUCUUCUCGUUCCAAAUAUGGUACUUUCGAAAAUGAAUAAUCACGAGCAUCGGACAAAGCAAACAUAUGAGAGUUACACGUUUCAACCCCUUAUGAGUUUCUGUUUUAUCUCAGUUAAAUAGAACAUUUCUGCAGUGAGCACUAUCCUGGCGUGAAUUAAGAUAUAUUUGUUCCAUUCAAUUUUACAACAGUGAAAAAUAAUUUUCUUUAAAUUAAGAAAUCUAAUCUGAAGAGAAUUAGGGUAGUAGCCCUUCUAUACAACCUCAGCUCUUAGAAAUCAGGUUAAUGGUUUCUGUUUCCUACAACAAAAGAAGUAAUAAAAUGAUUAUGGUAGAUGUACAGCUUGUUUUAUAAGAAAUAUUAUUUUUCAAAACACUUAGAAGAAAAAAAUCUACAAUGACAGAACAAAUAAAAAUUAGUUACUACAAAUAACAAACAGCAAAAGAAAUGAGCUUCAUACAUGUAAACAAUCAUCCACAUGCUAAAAAAUUAUUUGUAGCAUGCUGUAAAAUGUCUAACAAACACCUGAUAGCAGGUUAUCAUCAUGACAAACAAAAUAUAAUAACCUCAAGAGUUUGGAUUCUCACCUGUUUGCCUGUGUACGACGAGGACAGUGAUGAUAACCCCGAUAUGAAACAUUGGAUCUCUACGACUCAAAUGUGAAUCAGAAUUCAAAGGAGGCAAAGUAGGACGCUUUAAUUUGAAAUCAAAGCUAUGAAAGCUGUUCGACCACGCGAAGUUCUUGAAACAAGACGAUUCUGACCAGCCAAACGCAUUUUCAAAAU